UCUUUUAUUCUCAUUUCAAUCCCACCAGACGAAGCCUCGGGACCAAUUCUCUGCCCCAAAAAACCCAAAUUAAAUAUUCAAAUUAAUUUCUUACUUUCCCUUUAAAUAAUUUGGAAAUUAGGGCUUUUAUUUUGUGUUUUUUUUUUCUGUUGUUUCUUCCCCAAUUGGAAAGUGGAAGCCCCAACUUUUGGCUCAGAGCUUGAAUUUCUCAAUUAUUCGUACGAACAAGUCAGAGAUCGCCGCCCAAAAGCCUCCAAAUUUCCACUUUCUGUUGUUGGUAAGGCCUUAUUCGUCGAGUUUUCGAUAAUUGUAGGAAAAGGGCUGUGAUAUUUGGUCCGUCUGAUGAUUUAUUUCCAAUCACUGUAUCAAAAACCUUUGAAAUUUUCAUCUGAUAGUUACCCCUUGUUGUACUCCAUUUGCUGCAUUUUCCUCCCUUCUGAUUUGUUCUUCAUCUGUUGCUUUAAUUGCCUCCGAUUUCGCCUAAAACUUUGACACUCAUCAAUCAUCAUAGUGAAGCUCAAUUCCUUUUAAUUGGAUGUAUAUAAGACUAUAGUUAUACAAUUUUAUUUGGUAUUUUCUUGGUGCUGGUGGAUUUGAAGGAUUCAUAAUGGCGAUGGGGUGUAGGCCGGUGUCAAUGGAGGACUUGCCGUCACAUUUGGUUUUAGAAAUCUUGAGCUCGGGAAGGCUUAGCGCCAUUGAUCUUCUACGUUUAGAGUUAACUUCUAGGACAUUUGGAGGGAGUCAGUGCUUAUACCCUCACAAGUUUCGGUCAUUGGUGGAUUUUGCGGCAUAUCAGCUAUGCGUGUCCCAUUCUGUAUAUGCUAAAAUGGAAGGGGAUGCUCAGAGUGAGCUAUUUAAUCGGUGUGGUGGGAAAUGGAAGCGGGUUUUGAGGUUCUUGCAAUCGGUGGAGCAAUCAUCUGACAUGGUUGAGACCUCAGCAGGCAAUAUGCAAAUUACAACUGGACGGUAUCACACAUUGCUAAUCAGCAAUUCAUCAUUGUACUCAUGUGGUGCCAGCUUGUGUGGUGUUCUUGGUCAUGGCUCUGAGACUAAGCAAUGUGUAACAUUUACCCGGAUUAAUUUUCCAUCUCCAGUGCACGUGGUCCAAGUCUCAGCCUCCCACAACCAUGCUGCUUUUGUUAUGCAAUCUGGAGAGGUUUUCACAUGUGGGGAUAAUUCAUCAUUUUGUUGUGGGCAUAAAGAUACAAACCGGCCAAUUUUUAGGCCUAGGCUUGUUGAGGCAUUGAAAGGACUUCCUUGCAAGCAGGUUGCUACAGGGCUUAAUUUUACCGUGUUUCUUACAAGACAAGGUCGUGUUUAUACAUGUGGGGCCAACACACAUGGUCAACUUGGUCAUGGAGACACCAUAGAUAGCCCAACUCCCAAAAUGAUUGAAAUGCCCGAGGGCAUUGGUUCCAUUGUUCAGAUUGCUGCUGGUCCAAAUUAUGUCUUAGCUGUAACUGACAAUGGACUAGUGUACUCUUUUGGGUCAGGUUCUAACUUCUGUCUUGGCCAUGGAGAGCAGCAUGAUGAGUUUCAGCCACGUGCAAUUCAAAAAUUUAAAAGACAGGGUAUUCAUGUGGUUCGAGUCUCUGCGGGCGACGAGCAUGCCGUGGCACUUGAUUCCAAUGGAUUUGUACAUACUUGGGGUAAAGGCUACUGCGGUGCAUUAGGCCAUGGGGAUGAGAUUGACAAGACCACCCCAGAACUCUUGACCAAGCUCAAAAGCCACCUCGCUGUGCAGGUGUGUGCUAGAAAGCGGAAGACCUUUUUCCUCUGUGACAAUGGUUCAGUAUAUGGUUGCGGUUGGAUGAGCUUUGGUAGCCUUGGAUUUCCCGACAGGGGAUUAUCUGAUAAGAUCUUGAGCCCUCGAAUCCUCGAUAGCUUAAGAGAUCAUCAUGUUUCUCAGAUUAGCACUGGGCUGUACCAUACUGUUGUUGUCACUAACCGCGGACAACUCUUUGGAUUUGGAGAUAAUGAAAGGGCACAACUCGGGCACGACACAUUGCGAUGUUGCCUUGAACCAAAUGAAAUCUUCAUACAAGAAACGGCUGAUGACAUGGAUCGCGUUACAGAAUGCCUCUGACCUCAGGGAAAAACCAUCUGCUUUGUGGAGUUGUAUGAUUUCGUAUGUCCUUAAGGUAAAUAGCUUUGUGUAUCUGUGAGAUCAAAAUGUUGAAGGCGUUACAUGAUAAUUUGUGUGUGAUAUUUGUUGUGGGAAAUUAGAUUGCGUAUAAUAUAAGAAGUACAGCUACGUUGUGUGUUCAUUUUGUUUCAGUUUCCAGGUUGCCUUGUCAA